ACGAAGACAGAAGCAGAAUGAGUGCCAACGCGCUGCAAACCACAGGUUUUGUAUCAGGAGCCAUUGGUAUGGUUGGGGUUUUUGCAGCCACGCUUAUGGAUGUCUGGUGCACCAGGAACCAGCAGGAGCACAAGUUAACUUCCAUCUACCCUUAUAAGGGCCUGUGGAAGGAUUGCGACGUGUCCAGCUCUGGAUUCAAUGAGUGCCAACCUCUCUACAGCCAUCUGAACUACUCAGGACUCCUUCAGGCUAUAAGAGCUUUGAUGGUAGUAGCCAUUUUAGUGAGUGUGAUCGCAGUGUUCAUCGGAUUCUUCUGCCUGAAGUGUCUCAAAAUGAGAUGUAUGGAGCUAUCGACCAGGGCCAAACUGAUGCUAAGCUCAGGGAUCUUGUUUAUCAUUGCUGGCCUUUGUGGUAUUACUGGAGCAUCAGUGUAUGCUGAUCAAAUUGUGCCUAGUUUCAUGAUUACCCCAUACAAUCAAAAGCAAGGCGAGAAGGGAGGGAUACAAUGUGGGACUGGCAUCGGCAUUGGAGGAAAUGAUUCAUUUGCUUCCAGGUACACCUUUGGUCCCGCCCUAUACAUAGCCUGGGUAGGAGGAGCUUUGUUAAUUCUGGGAGGAAUUCUGAAAUGCAUUGCAUUCAAAAUAAUGCAAACCAACACUGAUACGAGAGAAGGAUAUAUUUACAACGCCCAAGCCCAGUGCAGGGUGGAAGAUGAAGUGUGCCAAGUCCAGAGAGUGAGAACAGAACAAUAAAAAAAUAAUAAUAAUGUCAGACCUAUGUAAUGCUUUGCACUGAUGAAACGUCUUUUUUUUUCUUCUUUUUUUUUUUUUUUUUGAGGGGUGCUGUUUUCAAUAAUUGCAGUAAAAAAAAUGUUUGUCAUUGUCAUCAUUGUUAAUCAUUGUCUUUUUAAUGUCUCUAUUGAAAGGUCUUAAUUGUAUACUUGGGUACAUUGGUCAGAUGAGUUUAGAAUGUCAUAGAUGUUUAAGAUUCAACAGUCAAACACUGUAAAUCAUUUGCUGUUUAGAAUUAUAAUAAACUUUUGCCACAACUGUA